ACAGUAGACACAGUGUGUUUCAGUUCAGCACUUGGACAAAGUCAACAUUAUCACUAUCGUCAACUAAUUUUGUGUUCCAAUCCAAAGUUCUCUCGGAAAUUGAACAAUUGUUAGGACAUGUAAAUACUUGUACGGUCUAGUCGUACGCGAGUAACACCACCAUUGCAAAUUUGGGAUAUCGCCGUAAAGUCGAUCAUGAUUCACAGUCUUUUUAUCAUCAAUGUCUCUGGAGACGUGUUUAUGGAGAAGCAUUGGAAGUCAGUAAUCUCCCGUUCCGUAUGCGACUACUUUUUCGAGGAACAGAAGAAAAUUUCCUCGCCUGUCGACAUGCCACCCGUCGUAGCUACGCCACACCACUACCUCAUCACCAUUUUCAGGAACAAUCUCUACUUUGUCGCAACCACUACAACGGAAGUCGCACCCCUCUUUGUGCUGGAAUUUCUACACCGCGUCGUGGAUAUUUUUGAAGAUUACUUCGGCGAAUGCAACGAGACUAUAAUUAAAGAGCACUACGUUAUCAUUUAUGAGCUGUUGGACGAAAUGUUGGAUAACGGGUUUCCUCUUGCUACGGAAUCUAACAUAUUGAAGGAACUAAUCAAACCUCCAAACAUUCUUCGAACAAUUGCCAACACGGUCACUGGGAAAACAAAUGUGAGCUGCACUCUGCCUUCUGGACAAUUAUCAAACAUUCCAUGGAGAAGAUCCGGAGUCAAAUAUGCUAAUAACGAGGCAUAUUUCGAUGUAAUUGAAGAAGUGGAUGCUAUCAUUGAUAAGAAUGGAUCCACUGUAUUUGCAGAAAUUCAAGGAUAUAUCGAUUGUUGUAUUAAGCUAAGUGGGAUGCCAGAUCUAACCAUGACUUUUGUUAACCCGAGAUCGCUAGACGAUCUAAGCUUGCACCCUUGCAUUCGAUUCAAACGUUGGGAGAAUGAAAAGGUGUUGUCAUUUAUCCCCCCUGAUGGAAACUUUCGUCUAAUUUCCUACCAUAUCAGUUCGCAGAGCAUCGUGGCCAUUCCAAUCUACCUCAAACACUAUAUUUCAUUCCGAGAGGGGAAGCUGGACAUCACAGUUGGGCCGAAGCAGACCAUGGGGCGACAGGUGGAGGAAGUGUCCCUGGAAAUCCCCAUGCCAAAAUCUGUAGCUAAUUGCAACUUGACGGCUUCCCAAGGACGGUAUACCUUUGACCCUGUCAGUAAAGUGUUUCACUGGGACGUGGGAAAAAUUGACAUUACGAAGUUGCCUAACAUCAAGGGAUCGAUAAGUUUAGGGGCCGGGGCUGGUCCGGUGGAAGCAAAUCCAACUGUUACGGUCCAUUUUGUGAUCAAUCAGAUGGCCGUGUCGGGUUUGAAGGUGAGCCGACUGGACAUGUACGGGGAAAAGUAUCGACCUUUCAAAGGGGUCAAAUAUAUCACAAAGGCGGGCAAAUAUCAAUUCCGCCUGUGAUAAGCCUGUUGCUGUUUUUGCUAUGCUGAUCAAAAUACUACUUACCCAUCCGGUCCUCGAAAAACAUGACCUGCAUUCAUACUAUAUGAUAUUUAUUAUUUAUCUUAUUUCUUAUGGAAUGUGUGUAACGGGUUUCUGGUGCAUAAAAUUAAAGGGUCUCCCGUAGACCAUCACUAUUCGAUUAUUGUACAUACAUUUGUGUAAAAGUUUUGUUAUGCUGUGUAUUGUAUAUCAAGCCGGAUGACCAGAUGACACACUUUUUAUAAUUUAUCGCAGUGACAUACAGUUUGGUUUGAUUUUGCUCAAGUUCUAAGGAACAAUAAUUGAACUUCUGUAAAAUGUUUAUCCAAACAUGAUUUACAUGGCUCAUUAUAAAAAAUGUAUUUCCCCACAACUUUAAGUUUUGCGACAAUUAAAGUACUUA